CCCAAGAUUUUUUUUUUUCUUUUCAAAUAUUAAAUUUUAAGCCCGAGACUUGUUUGACCCUCGAACCUCUCAGUUGCCAUAGAGUCGUUUACUCAUGGUGGACUUGCAAACAGAGAAGGAAAGAUGGACUCCGUUUACGAAAAGCACUAUGAUCCCAUGCCAGUAGAUUUAGAUCCAGAAACAGAUAUCCUGAAAGUGCAUGAAGAUAUUUCUAGGGAACCAUCAGGAAUUUUAAUGGAAGAUGUGAAAGAAAAUAUUGAAUCCCAAAUGCAGGAAGAGGAAUACAUGGAAGAGGUUAGUUAGAUUUAGGUACUUAAUUUACUUUGAUUAGAAAAUUAAAACUUUUUGAAGAAAUAAACCAAUGGCAUAGUUUAAUAAAGCUAAUUUUGGCUAAAACCAAGGACGGCUGCCACGGCAUCUUUUGUGUCUUUAUUAUAGUUGCAGUGAAUUAGGGUUUAGGUUAGGUUUAGGGAUCGAAUUAGGGUACAAGUUAGGCAUAGGGAUCGAGUUAGGGUUCAGGUUAGGCAUAGGGAUUGAUUUAGGGAUACAUUCGUGAAAUUCGAUAAAAAAGAAUUAUAACACCAAAAUCAUAUUUUUAGCUGUUGUAGUUUUAAAGUUAUGAAUUUUUGAAGUACGACUUAAUUUGUCCUUUUUUUAACAUGGACCCCCAUCUCAAUUUUCUGGUACCCAAUUUCGCUGUUCGCGUCACGAGCUAAAUAACUCUUGUUUUAAUGAUAAUUUUAUUUUCAGAUCUAAUGCUGAAUUAAAAAAAUAAGUUUAAUAAUUUUAACAAUUAUAGAUAAAUUGUAGCUUAUCUAACUAUGCACUAUUUAUAUCAGUAAAUUAAAUAUAAUGUAUCAAUAUAUGGCUUUUCUGUUUAUCAAAUCUUCAGCGUCCAUUAUACUGGUAAAUGCUAUAUGGUCUAUUAUAAGGCAACGCACCCCCUAAAAUGUUGUUUGGUAUCUACUUAUUUUGAACUUUUAACUUUGGCACAUGACUAAUUAACUAAAGCUUUCCCUGACCAAUGGUGUUAAUAGUUUUUACACACUGCAAACUCUUAUGAAUGAAGCUUGAGGUAGUCGGUAGUACUACGACUACGGCAUAGCAUUAUGCAAAUGGUUGUGGUUUCCCAUGAAUUUUUGCACACGGUCAAUUCUGAUAGCUAAUAAUAUGGACUCUACCAGGUUUUUAAAGCUCAAAUUUCAAAAUUCUAGUUUAAAUGUUUUCAAAAUGCAUUCUGAAACACAGGUUAUCAAAUAUUUUGAUGCAUGUAGAGAUAAUAAUGAAUAUUUCCUAAGCUAAGCAUCAGCGUUUUCCGCCAUUUAAAAGGAGGCAGGAUCACUAAUCCAAAAUGGCCUGUGCGACCUUUGCAUAAUGAGGUCAACGUUGAGGAGAAUUGUGAACAAUUUUUCAUGAGCUAUCUCAAUGAAAUUUUGCACAUGUGUACUUCAACAAAUUAUGCAGGCCUACUUUUAAUAUAAAAGACCUACUUUGAAUAUUUAGACCGAAUUUUUUAAUGCGAAGAUGCCUUAUAUUGACAUAAGAUUUUCCUCACUUAUAGUUGAGAUAAAUAACAAAUUAACUCAAUGGGAAUGUAGUUCAACAUUUCUCCUAACGUUAAUGGGCGGAGUCAAACCUUAAUUAUGGGCCAAAAGGACUCCUAAUUUAUUCAAAUUACAUGCACAUAAAAAAAUUAAAAACUCGGAUCCUACUGCGCCGAUGCCCAUUUCCAAAACAAAUUUACUAGGAGUGUCCCUUGCUUCGGCGAAGUAUCUACUAAGUUAGAUAGUAAGUUCAAAAAAUGAAAUGCUUAGCAGACUUAGCUUAGUAUAGCCUAGUUAUAUAUAUAUUAUAGUAUAGCUACUCACUGAACUGUGUUUUUUAAGCAAGUAGAUUAAGUUACAAUACAAAUUAUGAAAAAAAAAAUUACCUGUCAUCAUACCAGAGAGGUGCGUGAACCAUCAUAAAUUUAUAAUUUGCCAUUCCCUCUUUUACUUUAAAUAUUUUUUCUGGGAACAUUGAUAUAAAUUAUUAUUAACCAUAGCCAUAACCUCCAUGCCAACAGUUUUUACUUAAGUUUUUGAAAAUGUAAAAAUUACAUGUGAAUGUAAAAGAUAUUUAUACCAAACUAUUUUUUAAUUUACAUUUUUAAUGUCAUGUCACAUGUUAACUUAAAAAAUGGAGAUAAAGUUAGAAAAUCAUACUAAAAUAUUAUAUCAAGUUUAUUCUCAGAAAUAGAUCAAAGAUCCAUUGGAAAUAGCAUUAUGAUAAAUAAAACCUUAAAUUCAAAUAAAAAAAUAUUUAUUUAAAUGGAUAUUUGGCUAUUUAGAAACAAAGAGGUAACAAAAAUGUUAAAUAUUUUUCCAAAUUUAAAUCAAACCAGAUGUGAAAGUAAAUUUUACAUUGAACUUUGGGACUCAGUGUGUCAUUGGAGAAGCAUUGCCAUGAUUUGACCCCCCUCUCUCCCAAAAUAUUGAUGGAUUGGAGAAAAAAGAGAGAAGCAAUAGUGUCCAUAAUGGUGUCCAUAGAGCAGAGAAGCCAAUAGAGAUAGAUAGGUUAUAAAAUAUAAUUUAGCCCAGUGGUUCCCAACUAAUGGUAGAAAAAAAGAGAGAGGAAAUAGUGUCCAUGGAGCAGAGUAGCCAAUAGAGAGAGAUUGGUUAUAACAUAUAAUGUACCCCAGUUGUUCCCAAACGCAUGCAUUUCUCAGGGGCUAUGUGGCAGCUCCCUCCCACUGUAACUCUACUUCUAAAUAUCAUUAACUUUUAAGAUAUAGGGUAUGUCUAAGAAUCUUCUCCUUAGAAAGUGAUUUUAAAAGGGAUGCCAGUAGAAAGUUUGGGAUCCACUGAUGUAGCUCAGUGCGUCUUUAUUCCAAAAAGCCUAUUAUAAAGCUCCAUAAACACUGAAAAUUAAUGUAUCACACAUUUUCAUCAUGUUGCCUCAGAUUUAAAGAAAAGUUUGUUUUGUGUUAGUCUACUUUAAAUACAUUUCAUUUCAAUUUUGUGAUGAAUGAAAUUGACUUAAAUUAAAGGUAUGACCAGACACGAUUGAUUUAUGUUCCUCUAUCUAAUUUUUAAGGAUCAGCCCAUCAAAGUCGUCUGCAAUCAAAUUUUAUAAAAACAUCAGGAGAGACGAGUCUUAGGGGUAUGCCAAGAAGAAGUCACCUCCCUGCUAUUAAAGCACACAUAGGCACCAAAAGUUGUAACUUUAGCCAGUAUAACAUAUGUUCCUAUGUGAUUGAAGUUUAUCAAAUCACUUUCCUGCUUGAUAUUUUCAGAUUCAAAGAUCGUUUCACCUGCACAAGUCACAACAUGAUUUACACGAGCAUAUCCCUAGCUCUAUAGUUUGGUGUACUGGUUGACAAGUUUCAAAAUUGCUCCAGGGACUGGUGCAAGAUUUAUUUAUUAUAUUUUCUUUUGAUUUGACCAUAAAUAUUCAUGUUGUGCAGACCAGCAAUGUAUGGCUCAAUGACCAGUGCUGGCCCACUGACAAGCAUUUGGGGAAAGCUGAUUUACUUUAUAUGGAAAACAAAUAAAUCAAAAUAUUUAAUAUGUUGACUCCGUAGGUAUUCAUCACUUCAAAAAGUUACACAGCAGCCAUGUCUUUUUCUGUUUACUUUUAAAUUGUAGUUCCGCCCACUUUCAUUCCAUUCUUCUGAUCUGUGUUUUUGUGAGGACUGGUACAUUUUCUUAAUAGUUAUUGGUAGGACAUAAAUAUAUAUACAUACAUUCAUAAAAUUUAAAAUUUUAAUUUACAUUAAUUUAAUUAGUUAUACUGUUGUACGGAUGAAGGUAUUUCAUCUUGAAUAAUUAAAGUUAAAGCUUAUAUAAACUGUUCUAAUUUUGAACAGAAAGAACUGGACCUUAAUAUUGUUGAGGAAACCACCACCGAUUGUUCAAUUUAAAAACCCUUUGCCUCACACCAAGGCUACACUAUCGCCCCUUUCUAUUUUAGAUCUGUUUAGUAAAAGAUUUUUUAAAAAUGUAUCAAUGCUGUGGCUACUAUGAUACAGUAUAAUAACUGUGAUUGAAUCCCAUAUUUACAUUUCAGAAUAUUUCAGAAACAUGUAAUGUAAAUGUAAGGCAUUGUUAAACAAUACAAAACUCUGUUCAUUGCAGUUAUCACCCGGUGGAGUACUUGAUGAAGAAACUAUUUCAAGAGGCCUAUCAAACUUGGGACGCUCUGCUCAUGGAGAUCAUCAAGUCUAUUUAAAUGUUACGAUUCCUGUAUGUGGUAAUUCAUUCUAAUAAUUAAAAGAAACUCAAAUGAUUUCUGUUUAGAUCAACUGAAGUCAAAGUAAAAGUAACCAACUGGUCAUGGAGUUAAAAUUCCUCUGUCAUUGAAAAAAUAGCCUAUUCUUUAUUUUGGACACCACCCCACCCCCACCCCCCCAGCCCAAUAUGCAAAUGUACAAUGAGAUUUCAGCCCUAGUAUAUAUAAAAUAGUCAAAAUUAAAAUUUCCCUGUCAUUGAAAAAAUAACCUAUUCUUUACUUUGGACACCCCCCCACCCCCACCCCCCCAGCCCAAUAUGCAAAUGUACAAUGGGAUUUCAGCCCCCCCCCCCCUCCCCAACGACUUCCAAAAUAAAAAAAAAUUACAAUUGCAAAAUUCUGUGAAAAAAACAAAGCGUAUGAAGUGAAAAGGCAUACGAUGUGACAAAGCAUUGGAUGUGAUAAAGCAUAUGAUGGGAUGAUAAUUACAAAACUCUGCAGUGAUAUUUUAAAACAAAUUAAUUAUCAAACAGGAAAUCCACAGAUUUUUAGGUGAAAGUUGGCUUUAUUAGAGAUAUUAGGGACUGUCAGAAUUACAUGAUAAUUAAUGCAGAAUUAAUGCAUAAUCAUAAAUGUAUGUACUUUCUUCUAAGAUCUGCCAGCACCACUGAUCAAUAAUUUUUUAUGUUUUCAGCUUUGAGAAGUCAUGCACAGCACUUAACACUUAUUCUGGAAGAGUGAGAAAGAUUCUUAAGGCUAUUGAAAUAUAGAAUAUUUUAUUGAAGGAUUAUGUUCUUGUGGCACCACUAAUGUUAGAAGUCUUCAGGCUAUAGCAUUAAGUUCACAAAGCAGUUCUUCUUCUUCUUCUAUAUCUUAAGGGCUCACGAUCAAUUUAUUGAUCAUUUUGGCUCCUAUACAUGUAGAUGGGAUUUGCAAUGUUUCUGUUACUGGUGUUGAUGAGGAAAUCAUGCACUAGUGGUUUGAAGGCUUAAGGCAAUAGACACAAAUGUGUCUAGUGUUGUCGCCUCAACCGUUCCUUUUGAAAGAUUGUUCCAGUCCCUGAUUGUCUUGGGCAGGAAUGAGCAGCUCAUAUACUGGCUUCUUGAUGGUAUGAGCCUGAAUUGCCUGUCAUGGCCUCAUCGCUGUCUAUGGGGGAGAGGGACGAGUUUCUGUUUAAUACUGGAACAGUGGACCAGCCCAUUAUUUAUCUUGUACAUCAUGGAGAGCCUGGAUUGUCGUCGUCGUUUCUCCAAUGGUGACCAGCCUAACUAGAGGUAUUCCUGUAGCGGUUUAGGACAAAGCGUGCUGCUCGUCGCUGGACCGCCUCCAACCUGUCAAUGCUCUUCUGGGUAAAUGGGUCCCAGACUGAAGAUGCAUAAUCUAAAAUCGGACGGGUAAAGGCUUUAUAUGCUCUUUCUUUCACACGGGAGUUGCCAAUCUUUAGAUUUCGCCUUAAGAACCCUAGGGUCUUGUUUGCUUGGUUACAUACAUUGUUAAUAUGCUCGUCCCAGCGGACCUCUCUUUGAAUGGUAACACCCAGGUAUUUUACUUUGCAGUUAAUGCAGCUAUUCAGAAUCAAUAUCUUUGUUUUCAUUAUGCAUUAAUGACUGGUCAAAAUUAUUGCAUUCCUGUGCAUCUUCAAAAAUAAAUGCAUAAUAAAGUCUGUGUCAAAACAUCCAAUUCUGAAUUAUGGCAUCUUACAUGCAUGUGCCGUUGUCAAAAGUUGAUUGCUUAAGCUGCCACUUGUUCCCAGUAGUGAAAAGGAAGAUUUGUUGGAAAAUUUUUACUCGAUAAAGGUCUCAAAAUGGAGAAAAAAGUCUUUCUCAUAACUUAGUGGUCAUGAAGGUUGGGAUUAAGUUUGAAAAAAUCUUGGCAGAAUGAUUCAAGGAAAGUUUUGCACCAAGUAACACUGUCUUUAGUUAAAAAUCUCAUUAUUCUUGAGAGGCAUUCUGUCAAUGGAAAAAAAAGGGGGGGGGAGUGGUUUGAUCAACCAGUGAGGGAAUGUGACCUUUGUUGGAGAACCACAUAUUCCUAUAAAAAUAUGGAUACCGGUACACCAUGGCCAAAAAUGCUCCAAAAUACAUCAUCCUAGAUCGCACAUCUCACUCCAUUAAGUGUUGUCCAACCUGUAUUUGGUAUGAAAAUGCUCAUCAAAGACUUUGUAGGGGCACACACAGCACCUGAUGGAGAAGACUUGCUUGAUUCUCAUUUAUCAAAACACUUACUGGUCGACCAGACUUUCGUAACCACUUUCAUAAGACAGGAAAUAAUAGUCAACUCUGAAUACUUUUCCUCUACUGAGAGAACCAUUUCUGAAAACAACUUCCUAACAUAUCUUCCUUUUUAUCCUGAGUGUACAGGAAGAGUUUGGUGGGGGUACGUGCUGCAAUGGAACACUUUUUUUUUUUAAUAGUUAGAAUAUGUAAUUUUUUUUUAGCACGGGGUACUCAGUGUUAUGAAAAUUAUAGACCAGGGUACACAGAUGGCAAAAGUUUGGGAAACUCUACCUUAUGGUAAAGCCAGCCAUGCUUUACAUAAGAAGGAAAGCAUUGGAGCUUUCAGAAAUGGAUUUAAAUACAUUUUUUGAUUUUACCAUUUUUAUGAUCAGAUGAGUGCAGUACUGUUAUAUUAAAUAAGAUAAAAUUAAUUGUGUAUUAUUAAAUACUUUUUAUUCUGUCAUAGGGUUUCUCUCUUACUGAUGUAACUUUGUUAGGAGAAUAUGAAUACUUGCAGAAAGUGGAAAUUCCAUAUAAUGAUAUCACAGGUUAGUCACUGCUUUCUCAUAAAUAACCAGUAUUAUCAUUGCAUUUUAUAUUCUUCAUACUUUUUUUUUUACAAACUAUUCAUGCUUAAAAGUGUUAAGUUUGAGUUUAAAAGACUAUAUUUACUAUACCAGGAAAAUCUUAUAAUAUCAAGAGACUUAAAAACUGUUAUCUUUGUUGGCCAAGAUGCGAUUUUGAAAAAAGUAUUAUAAAUGAGAAAUUAUUAAUUAUGUUCUUUAUUUAAAAAACAACUUUUGUUUUCUCUUUAAAGAUCUUUCCCCACUGGGGAAACUUCACAACUUGAUCAUUCUUGAUGCAUCCCACAAUAAAAUUGAAAAGUUGUUGGAUUUUACUCCGCCUUUUAAUCUUCAAGAGGUCAAUUUGUCAUGGAACAACAUCUCUGAAAUGGCAAAUUUGUCCAGCCACCGCUGCUUAAUAAAGCUUGAUCUAAGCAGUAUCCUUUCCAAAAUGCACUGGUCAUAAUUAGGUCUUUAAGAAAUUUAGUCUAGAUUCUGCUUAAAGAGGGGGAAAAUAAGCAUGUAUUACAAUAAGUAGGGCAUAUCUAGGGGAGGGGGGCAGGGGGGACAGAGGUCUCUGGGUGCCAAGACUAUCUAGGGGCACCACACCAAAAUUUGCUUUGAUAUUAUUUUAUUAACGCAAAUAAUGGGUUUGAGAGUUGAAAAAAGGAGCUUUAAAAUGAAUCUUGUCCCCCAAGCGCAAAACACUCUAGCUACGCCUCUGGUGGGGUGCAUUAUAUUUUCAAAAUUGUAGGCAGUAGACUGUUCUCCCCUGGAUUAAUGGAAAUGUAUAAAAUAAUCAAAAUAUUUAAUUUUCAAUAAUCCAGAAUACCCGGUAUUAGCAAUGGUUAUAAUAGUUUCAUUAUCUCCUUUAGUUUCUCAUUUAAUCUAGGGAAUUAUUUUUAAAAUAAACAUAUUUAUGGACAGAAAAAUCCAUAAGCAUUUAAUUUGUAUUAUGCUAUAAAUUGCUCAAUUUUUAUCAGAAUGUUUUUUUUAAGACUCUUUGAGGUGAAUUAAAGCCAAACUUACAGAAGCCCUUGGCUUUAUCUCUGUUUUAUUUGUGUGCAUAAGUGGAUUAAUUUUGCCCCAAACCUGUCAUUUCAUUCAGAGGGAAGAUAAGGUUUAGUCCAUUCAACAAUGAUGGCCAGUGAAUGAAACCCCAAUGGUCAGGUCCUUCAGCAAAUGUCAUUAUCAUUUGGUCCAAAGACAUAUUAAUUAAACUCUUUUUCAUUAAUACAUAUUUUCUUUAGCCAAAUCAAGAUAAUUCCAUUUCAGAAAUAUCAGGUCUGAGCCAAUGCAUGAGAUUAAAGUAUCUCAGUAUGGCACACAAUAAAAUCUCUCAAAUUGUAGGACUUGAUGGUCUGCCUAUCCAGUAUUUAAAUCUGGUAAGCGUUAAGCAAGGAUUGCCACGCACCUAUUAGCAGAAUAGGCCAGAAAAUCUUUCAAGCCUCUCAUAUAACAAAUAUAAAAACCAAAGAGUGUUUUAAAACAUGUUGAAAAAAUGACUUGAGGAUUUUUCAUGGUCAGACUAUAUUUUUUUUAACAAAGCUGAAAAACAAGUUUAUUUUAUAUUGCAACAAAUUAUAUAUAUAUAUAUUAAAGAAUGCUUAAAGCUUAAGAAUGUUUUUAUUUUAUAUAUGAAAACUUUGCUUUAUAUACCAAGGGACUUAAAGUAUUAUUGUCAUUUAGUCUGAAAACGAGUACCAUUUCUGUUAGUAGGGCAAGACACAAUCUGAACUAUUUUCAGUUUAUAUAUUAUUGGCAGCACAUUCAUUAAUGAACCAAGUACUUACCUGCGCAACCCUAAAUUCUAAUCAAUUUUUACACCAAGGAAGCUCUUGUUCUUUAAUAUACCAGGAUAUUAUAUUGUAUUUUCUUGUUUCUCAGAGCAAUAAUCUAAUCAGGAUGAAGGAGAGUUUGGAAAAUCUGAAGUACCUCAGAGUAAGAGGAUAUUAAUAUUAUACAUUGGCUCUCUUUAGUAGAGGAAAUAUGUUUUACCACUUUUAGUUACUAUCUUUUGUAUUUUUAAAAACCUAAUUGAAGUAUGGAAAGUAAAAACAGAAAUCUCAUUCAGAGAAGUGACAUCAUCACAUUAAGAUAAAGUAAUUAAUAAUUUGCUUUUUAAACCUUAAAUUAAUUAGUUAAUAUUUGGCAAAUAUAUAGUAAUUUCUAGAGCCAUUUACAGUUACACAAUGGAAUAAUAGGUGUACAACGUCAAAAAAAAAGCAAAAUUGAUGUAAAAAAAUUGUAACCAGCCAGUACAGAAUUGAUUGAAGUAUUAAAUAAUUUAUUUAUGAUAAUUCAUUUCAGGAAUUAGAUUUGUCUGGUAACAUUAUUAGAAGCUUGUCUGGUCUACAAAGCAAUGCUCGACUAGAGUUUGUGGAUUUGGAGGAUAACGAGGUAAGCAGGGAAACAAUUUUGGCAAAGAUUUAACUCAUGAAUGUAGAACAUCAUACUUUAAGUUACUGAAAAAGUUUAUCCAUUAAAAAAUAAUAUUUAAAAUAUUUUCAAUUAUUCCUUAUCAAAUUUUGAUUAAAGAAACAUUUAUUGAACAAUUUUAAAAACUAUUAAACUAUUCACAUCAAGUUUUUAAAUUCACUGUUUACUUCUAGUCAUAGUCCUCUCAUUCAAAGAUGAAAUAUUUUUUAAAUGCCUAAGGGACCAUUAUUAAAUGACAUCAUGCUGUUGCAGACAAUCUCUCCCCCCCCCCCCCCCCCCCCCCCCCACUCCACCCCACCAAUUAUCACAAACUUGUAACAGAAAUUUCAUGCCCCCCUCCCACCCCACCCUACCAAGUUCAUAAGUUCAUUUAUAGAUGGCCCCAAAGAAAGACAUAUAUCACCUAAUAUUUAACCUUAUAACUGUCAAGAACGAAUUUCUAUCGCAGAAAGCCAUUUUUAGCAAUUUCAUAUGCUUGUUAAAAAUGAAAAAGAUCCCAGACUAAAUGAAUUCAGAGACCCUUAUAAGUAUACAUUUUGUAAAAGUACAUUGGACAAGGUUAUUAUGGUAUGAAAAGAAUUUGUUUUUAUAUUAUGCAUGUUGAUAUUGACCUUGACAUUUACAGAGAGUAAAAUUUUACUACAUAACUUCUGAAUUCAACCCACCCUAAAUACUCCACAAAUUGUUCAAACUGUCAUAAAAUCAAAUUUUUGAUAUACUAGAACAGUGGUUCUUAACCUUUUUGGAGGUACCGAACCCCACCAGUUUCAUAUGCACAUUCACAGAACCCUUCUCAAUAGGAAAAAUAAAUUAUGAUUUUUUUUCUGAUUUUUUUUGGACCUCCGCCGAACCCCUGAGACUGACUCACCAAACCCCUGGGGUUCGAUCAAGCCCAGGUUAAGAACCACUGUACUAGAAGAAAUAUUCUUUCAGAAAAUGAUAAUUUAUAGUUACUUAUGUAGAAAAUUGUGAAAUUGGUGAAUUGUUUCAUUCAACACCUUCAAAUUUCUGUCAUACAAAAUACAAGGAGGGAAGGUACAAAAUGAUUUCAAAAACUACUUUUCAUUUGAAGUUUUUAAAACCAUUUUUUAUUAAUUAAUACUCCAGAAAAUAUAUGAACAUAAAUAUCCUAGGGGUAAAUCUUUGGGAUCAAAUCUGUGUCUUUUUCUGUUCGAGUUCCAGCCUCUCUCAAACGAAUUUGUCGGUAACAAUACGACUAAGCUUAGGGAUAAAACUGUCAAUAUCUGACUCUUAUCUCGACAACACUGCUAGAGUCUAUACUGUCAUUAUUUGCAUGUGGAAUAUCUCUGAUAUCUUUGCUUUCAUUUUAAUAUAUUUUAAAUAAUUCCAAUAAAGAAAUUCUGUGCUAAUUUUGAAAUCAGCCCUAUUCCGGAAUCAGACAAUAUGGUGGUGAAAAAAAUUGAUAAAUAGUCUGGGACACCACAGAAAAGGGUAUAACGGUCAAUUGUCAGCCGUUUUGACAGUUAUAAGGUUAAAAUAAAAAAUGAAAACUAUUUUCAACUUUUUUUUACUUUCUCUGAGCAGGUGAUUGACGUAGCGGAUGUUGACUAUCUGAAACAUGCAAAAGGUUUACGCGAGUUGAACCUGUUAAGAAAUCCCAUUCAAGAACUACCAGACUACAGACUCUCAGUUCUUCACCGUCUUAGUUGCUUGACAACACUAGACAGACGUCCUGUUAAAGAAGAUGAGAAGGUAAAGAGAAAAAUGUAUAAAAUCAGCUUUACUAACAUAUGAAUAUAGAGCAUUAAUAACUAAUCAAGGCAGAUUGAAAAUAAUAAACAAUAAAUAUUCAUCUAUUUAGAUUUGAAGAACCAUUCAUUGAAAUUAGAGAGAAGUAAAGAGAAGAAAAAAUACAAUAUACUUUAACUUAAAGUUUGGAGAGUUCAACAAAUUAUUAAAAGUAAAAAAAUGAAUAUUAAAAAAAAAUUAUAAUUUUAGAUUUUAUUUUGCUGCUAGAGAAAUAAUCAUACGGCUCCUUCCCAGAUAAUUUCAGUUACUUCAGAAGGUUUCAGUUAUUUUAUUGUUGGAUUAGAUUAAACUAUUUCUCAUGUCUACGGUAUUUGGUCAAAGAACAACUUACUUUGCCAAAUAUGCACAAUAAUUCUUUAAACGUGGUCUCCGCAGGUAGCGGCUGUUAAUAUGUUUGACCCGCCCUUGGAUGUAGUGGCGGCCAGAGAUCAUAUCAUGCAUGUUGUCUACUCCUUCCUUCAACCUUCUCGAGUCUGGGACAGGUAAAGUGCUCAGUGCAAAGCUACACCAUGGCAUGGUCCACCAAAAUAACAAUAUCAAUACCCACAGCAAGGGCUGUAUUAAUAAGCAAAUUUGCAUUAUUAUGAUAAUUAUUCAUAAUUAUUGGCCUUUCCAAAUCAACCGAUCCCCAUUGAUCUGUCUCCCCAUUAUUUAUACAAACUUGCUUAUCUUUAUAACACAUAUUGAUCGUGAAAUACUCUCAUGAAAAUCAGGUGUAGGAAGAUUAGGGAACUAUUUCAUCUGGGGAAAUCAUAAUUUGUUUAAAAGCACAUUUGUAAAACAAUAAAAACACACACACACACAUAUCUUUUCAUCAUUAAAUAAAUGACCCUAAGAAAAGUGGCUCCUGCUUCCUUACUGGUGAUGUCAGAAAGUAAAUUUAUUUAUAAUUUCCUAGUUACCUAUUUAUUGUAGGCGACCUGAAGACGCAGUUCUCUAAAUUUAAUCUGAAAUCUGGACAUCCAGACCCUCCCCUUCAAAUAUGGAUCAUUAGAGUAACCUGGAUAUUCUACAUAUAAUCAUUGCCUUAUGUUAACUCUCACAUCAUGUUAACACUCACAUCAUGUUAACUCUCACAUCAUGUUAACACUCGCAUCAUGUUAAAACUCGCAUCAUGUUAACACUCGCAUCAUGUUAACACUCGCAUCAUGUUAACACUCGCAUCAUGUUAAAACUCGCAUCAUGUUAACACUCGCAUCAUGUUAACACUCACAUCAUGUUAACUCUCACAUCAUGUUAACUCUCACAUCAUGUUAACUCUCACAUCAUGUUAACACUCACAUCAUGUUAACUCUCACAUCAAUGUUAACACUCACAUCAUGUUAACACUCACAUCAUGUUAACUCUCGCAUCAUGUUAACUCUUGCAUCAUGUUAACUCUCGCAUCAUGUUAACACUCGCAUCAUGUUAACACUCGCAUCAUGUUAACACUCACAUCAUGUUAACACUCCCAUCAUGUUAACUCUCACAUCAUGUUAACACUCGAAUCAUGUUAACACUCACAUCAUGUUAACUCUCACAUCAUGUUAACACUCACAUCAUGUCAACACUCACAUCAUGUUAACUCUCACAUCAUGUUAACACUCACAUCAUGUUAACACUCACAUCAUGUUUACUCUCACAUCAUGUUAACACUCACAUCAUGUUAACACUCGCAUCAUGUUAAAACUCACAUCAUGUUAACACUCACAUCAUGUUAACACUCGCAUCAUGUUAACACUCGCAUCAUGUUAACACUCGCAUCAUGUUAACUCUUGCAUCAUGUUAACUCUCGCAUCAUGUUAACACUCGCAUCAUGUUAACUCUCGCAUCAUGUUAACACGCGCAUCAUGUUAACACUCGCAUCAUUUUAACAUUCACAUCAUGUUAACUCUCACAUCAUGUUAACACUCACAUCAUGUUAACUCUCACAUCAUGUUUACUCUCACAUCAUGUUAACACUCACAUCAUGUUAACUCUCACAUCAUGUUAACAAUCACAUCAUGUUAACUCUCACAUCAUGUUAACAAUCACAUCAUGUUAACACUCACAUCAUGUUAACAAUCACAUCAUGUUAACACUCACAUCAUGUUAACACUCACAUCAUGUUAACACUCACAUCAUGUUAACACUCGCAUCAUGUUAACACUCGCAUCAUGUUAACACUCGCAUCAUGUUAACACUCGCAUCAUGUUAACACUCGCAUCAUGUUAACACUCGCAUCAUGUUAACACUCGCAUCAUGUUAACACUCGCAUCAUGUUAACUCUCACAUCAUGUAAACUCUCACAUCAUGUUAACUCUCACAUCAUGUUAACUCUCACAUCAUGUUAACACUCACAUCAUGUUAACAAUCACAUCAUGUUAACACUCACAUCAUGUUAACACUCACAUCAUGUUAACACUCACAUCAUGUUAACACUCACAUCAUGUUAACACUCACAUUAUAAAACACUCACAUCAUGUUAACUCUCACAUCAUGUUAACUCUCACAUCAUGUUAACUCUCACAUCAUGUUAACACUCACAUCAUGUUAACAAUCACAUCAUGUUAACUCUCACAUCAUGUUAACUCUCACAUCAUGUUAACACUCACAUCAUGUUAACACUCACAUCAUGUUAACACUCACAUCAUGUUAACACUCACAUCAUGUUAACUCUCACAUCAUGUUAACACUCACAUAAUGUUAACACUCACAUCAUGUUAACUCUCACCUCAUGUUAACACUCGCAUCAUGUUAACACUCACAUCAUGUUAACUCUCACAUCAUGUUAACACUCACAUAAUGUUAACACUCACAUCAUGUUAACUCUCACCUCAUGUUAACACUCACAUCAUGUUAACUCUCACAUCAUGUUAACACUCACAUCAUGUUAACACUCACAUCAUGUUUACUCUCACAUCAUGUUAACACUCGCAUCAUGUUAACACUCACAUCAUGUUAACACUCGCAUCAUGUUAAAACUCACAUCAUGUUAACACUCACAUCAUGUUAACACUCACAUCAUGUUAAAACUCACAUCAUGUUAACACUCACAUCAUUUUAACACACACAUCAUGUUAACACACACAUUAUGACUGGAAAAACGCCCACAAGUAAUUAAAACUUUAAAAAUAAAAAGGAAUUAAUGUCAUGGUCACAUGCCCAGAAAUGUAAUCAUUCUCUUGUGGUACACAAUAUGUAAUAAAUUGAAAUUAAAACAUUGCCAAUUACACAAUUACAGAUUCUCUGGCAUUAAAACUUAUCUGUUGGCUAAUCAGUUCCACCAUGCGGAAUACAUACUCUCCAAUGCAGCUGGCUGAACCAACAUAAGGCAUAAGCUAUAGAGUUGUUCUUUCACAACAUCCAACUAAUCCAGUUACAUAAAUAUAUAUUAGAUAUUCUCAUACACCUGCAGUAUUAUUUCAAGGAUAAUACAAAUUAUUUAUUAUGAUUUAAAGAUGACUGUAAGUAACAGAUGAAGGUUUAAAUGCUGUUGGUUUUAUGAGAGUUGAAUGGACGAAAAGAAAGAAUUGUAAAAAUUAUUUGUACGCAAUGUAGUUAUAAUUCUGUGUCCCAAAUGGAUAAGGUCAAACUAAAUACCGAAAAUAUUUAAUAGUAUCUUUUGCCUGUGUUACUUUCAGAAGCAUCACACAAAAUGUCCCAACUGACUAAGUUUGAAAUAAUUAGAAAAGUUAAUUUCUUGAAUUUGUUAAUCAUUCCAGCACACUUCCAAAUGUUGAGACACCCUAUCCUAUGCUUGUCUUAGUGGGGCCACAGGGCUCAGGCAAGAAAGACUUGGCUAUGAAACUAGUGGAUGAAUUUGGGGAGUACUUUGGAUAUGGGUGAGUCACAUGACAGAGGAUUUAUUGUGGGUGUUUCAUUUGGGUAUACUGACAGUUCUAUGUUUCAUUUGGGUAUACUGACAGUUCUAUGUUUCAUUUGGGUAUACUGACAGUUCUAUGUUUCAUUUGGAUAUACUGACAGUUCUAUGUUUCAUGUGGAUAUACUGACAGUUCUAUGUUUCAUUUGGGUAUACUGUCAGUACCCUGUAUCAUUUGGGUAUACUGACAGUACCCUGUUUCACUUGGGUAUACUGACAAUUCUAUAUUUCAUGUGGGUAUAGUGACAGUUCCCUGUUUCAUUUGGGUAUACUGAUAGUUCUGUUUCAUUAGGAUAUACUGACAACUCCAUGUUUCAUUUGGGUAUAAUGACAAUUCCAUGUUUCAUUUGGGUAUACUGAUAGCUCCAUGUUUCAUUUGGGCCUAGUGACAGCUCCAUGUUUCAUUUGGGUAUACUGAAAACUACAACACCAAGAUACCCUUGAAAAUUUAAAUUGUGAUUAAUUUUUAAAUUGUAACAAUUGAAUAUUAAAAAAAAUAAAUCCUUGAUUUGGUCAGUAUUUUCAGAAAACAAAUAUCAAUAUAAGAAUUAUUUAUAAGUUUUUACAUAUUUUUAUAUAUAUCUAUAGAAUUUCUCAUACAACAAGAAGGCCAAGGCCUGAUGAGAUAUCGGGAAAGGACUAUUAUUUUGUUUCCCUUGAAAAGUUUGAAAUGGACAUAAAAAUGGUAUGUGCAUGGCCUUGAUUUUAAACAAUUUCUUUCCACAGAUUAUUGUAUCAAUACCCAUCUCCAGCACUCUAUUAAAAUUUUCAAAAAUAUAUGUAGGCCUAAGUGGUUCAUGCGGUUCCAUAGCAGGAAUGCGGUUCUAUAGCUGGGCUGCUGUGUCAGAUUUAUUCUUUUUUUUAAAUCUGCUUUUUAUGUAAACUUUAAAAAUUUUCCAUGGAUAUUUAAUGCUUUUCUAUGGUCCCAUUGAUUUAGUUAUCAUUAAGUGCUUUACUAUGGUCCCACUGAUUUUGUUGUUGUUUUUAGUGCUUCAUUUAGGUCCCAUUGAUUUUUUUUAUGUUGUUUAUUGCCUUACUAUGGCCCCAUUAAUUUUGUUGUUAUUAUUAAAUAUUUUACGAUGGUCCCAUUGAUUGAGUUUGUUAUUAGUAAGUGCUUGGCUAGGGUCCUGUUAAUUUCACUUGCAUGAGAAGAGGGCGCGGAGGGGGAGGUCCACGCCUGUGAAACUUUUUGUUCUAUAUUAUUAUAGAUUAUAAUAUAUAUAUAUAUAGAGGGGCAGUAUUUUUGGCCAACUGCAGACUUUUUUUUUUGGGGUGUGGGGGGAACCAAAAAUCUUGCCCCAUCCACUGAGCCUGGGGCUCUACCCAUUUCUAACUCAUUAACUAAUUUGAAUUGGUUUGACUCAUUUAAUUGAUUUUUCUUCUCUUUAUGUGAGUAUGACAUGAGAAUUAAAGAUUUUUUUUGUAACUUAAAGGGUCAGUUUGUUCAGACCCACCAAUAUAAUGGUAACUGGUAUGGACUUCAGAUGGAGUCAAUAGAAAAUGUAGCCAGAGAAGGUCUGGCCUCUGUUGUCCAUAUGGAGCUAGAGGUAAGUUGCUUAUAUUGAGGCACAGUAUAUAAGAAAUACCAACUUGAACCCCAUUUUUUUCCAAAUCUUUGGCCUUUGAAAAUUCACAGAGGCACCCACAUUUUUAAUUAAUUGAAAACCCACAUUUUCAGCCCACAGUCUGAUUUAUUUCUUGAUCAUAUUUCACUGAACAAAGCUCAAUGCCCAACACCUGCCAUAAUUAAUACAUCCCUUUACAUCAGUGUCAGAGUAUUGGCUUUUAUAUGAUAAAUGUAAGAGUCUUGACAUUGAGAUUAUUGUUUACGUUGUUAGCAGUUGGGUUAUUACAUUUCUUUUAUUCAUUUAUGAUCAACCUAAGAAUAUAAUACCGUAUUUUACGGACAUAAGACGCUAAGGAGUAUAAGACGCACCUUAAUUUUUAAGCAAUUUUUAAAAAAAAUUAAAUUUUUACCAUUUUUAUAUUAAUUUGAAGUAUAAGACGUACCUGAAUUUUGGAGGCAAUUUUUCCCAGAAAAAAUUGAUUCUUAUAGUCCGUAAAAUAUGUUAUAUGUUUAUUUUGUGUUUUAUUGGUCUUAUUAUAUUACAAUACCCGACAAAUUUUACUUAACAUUUAUUAUUGGCCCUAAUGUUAUUUAAAGGGUGUGCUGACAUUGAAAAAAACUUAUUUUGAGCCUCGCUAUGUCCUGGUGUUACCCCUCAAUCCUGAAAUCCAUGAACGCAGACUUCAUAAAAGGGGUUUCUACACAGAAGAUCAGAUCAACAAGUCCUUGAAAAGAGUAGAUGUGUAUGUCAAGCAGAAUCAAGAGCACCCGGGUUUCUUUGAUAUGAUGAUCUGCACUGGUAUGUAUUUAAAAAAAAUCAAAGUAAACCACUUUUUUCUUUAUCGUUGUAGCCCAGUGGCAGUGGUGAGUUGUGAAGGUCACUACAGUUUUAAAUUUAGUUUAUAAUUCAAAGAAGUCAGAUCUUGAGAUUUUUAGCCUUAUUAGUAGCUCUUAUAGCAUGGUCACCAGAAAUAGAACAAGCAAAUGAAAAAGCCAAAGAAAAAGGACAAUCUCUGAAAAGAUAUAAAUAGUACAGACAUUCAAUUACAUAGGGGAUAACUCUGUAUUUUACAGGUUAUUCAAUAUGUGGCGAUUAUUUAAUCAAGGGGAAUAACUCUAAAGUAUGUUAUUCAAAAUAUGACAGCCAUACACAAAUAACAUUAUACAUCUUUUUUCUAAUGAGAAGUAAUCAUGUUGGAUGAUAAAGGUGGACAACAAUAAUGAUUCAUUAGCAUAUUAGGCCCAACCUGUUAAACCAUUAAUGAUAAUUAAUUAUAUGGUCGCCCCACGUGGUGUCUAUGUAAGGCAGGCGCAUAGCAGGAUGGUUACUACAGUGUUACAAAGUAAAAUACCCGUUAGUUGUAUACUGUGUUAGUCUUCUUCUUUGUCUUUUUGAGACAUAAGCGCAUUGCAGCAUGUCUCACUAUAUAGAUACAUCUAUCAGUAUCAUCCAGCGCACAUAUUAUCUUCUAUGUGACAAUUUUGUUUAAUCAUCACAAUAUAAUUGUUACGAAACAAAUUGAAGGAGCUAACAAGUGAUUAAAACACUGCCUUAUAUUAGUAAGUAACAGAUAUUGUCCAUUAUUAACACCUAACAAAAACAAAAACACAAAAAUAUAAUGAUUAUAUAGCUGAUUUAGUAAAUAUUCUGACAUUGCCUGUGAACAACAGUGAAUAAUGGUGAAACAAUGGUGACACAAUGAUGAAAAAUGGUGAACAAUGGUGCAUUUAGUCAGGGGGUGAAUCCAGCUUUGAACACACAUUAGGCAUUCUUAGGAUAAGUAGAUUUCCCCUAACCUAUCAAAGGUAGCCAUUCUUAGGAUAAGUAGAUUUCUUUGAUUUCAACCCAUAUUGGGACCUAACUUGUAUAUGGAGAUGUAAUAGUAUUAUUUGCCUACACUGGUAAUAAAAAUUUCAAAAUUUAGUUAAAUCACAUGCAUUGAAGACAUGAUUAUAUGAUAGUGUCGGAGUUAAGCCGUAGUUAAGUCGGGGUUAACUCAGAACUUAUCAUGCAUCUCUGCACUUGUCUAGGACUUGUCUAUCACCUGUCUUGACAGGGUUAUGUAGUUCAUAAACUCAUAAAGGCCUGUCUAGGACUUGUCUAUCACCUGUCUUGACAGGGUUAUGUAGGACUUGUCUAUCACCUGUCUUGACAGGGUUAUGUAGUUCAUAAACUCAUAAAGGCCUGUGUUUGUUUUUUCUUAACAGAUGACCUUGCUGCAGCUUAUGUCCAGCUGAGGAAGAUUGUUAUGGACUACCUAGGCAUCACCGGGGAAGUGAAAAGGGAACAGCAAGCCUUAAACGAAACAAGGGAGAUUACCCCUACUAACAUACGGGGAAGAACCUGGUCAAAGCCCAGUAAUUCUGAAAGCCAGGCACAAGUUCGGUCAGCAAUGAAUGACGUUGGUUCUGCUUUAGUUCGGGGCAUAGUGGUGAGUUUGACUUACACUAAUUGAGAGCUGAGUAAGCAAAAAUGAAUGUGGGACAUUGGUUAAGUAAAGAAAACAAUGACUAAAAGAGCUGCAGAGCCAGGACAAUGUCCCCAUCUGUAUUUCAACACCCAGGACAACGUCCCCAUCUGUAUUUCAACAUUUAAAAAGGUUAGCAGAUUCUUAAAUCAGGCAUUAUUAAUAUUUAAAAUGAAUCAGCUGAAAUAAGACACACAAAAAAAGAGAGGAAUCAUAAACUAAUAUAACUGUGUGGAAUAUGUCUUGGACUUUUGCUUAGAGAAGCAACCAUUGGAACAUCAGCACCAAAGUUACAUUUGAGAGUAAAGGUCCCUUUGCCCAGUGGGUAAAUUUUAUCUGAAGGUAUAGAAAUCUUCAGAACUUAACUAAUAUUUCCAUAAGUUUUUAGCUUUUAUAUCUCAUUAUAUAUCCCCUUGGAACAAUAUAGAACUUUCUGUACAAUUCUAGAAUUAUUUAACCCCCCCGAAACUUGUGAAAAAAUGACUCUUCUAUGUAAUCAUUUUAAGAAUAAGAAAAAUUCCACAAUAGUAUCAUAACUAUAAAAAAAUUCAUUUAAUUUAAAAUGGGGAACCUAGUGGGGAUUCCAUAAGGUGCCAUUUUAGAUAUGCCUUGAAUAGGGGUCCUUAUUAAAAAACAGUCAGAUAUAUAAUGAAGUUAAAAUUUAAAAGUUGUCCCAUUAAAAUUGGUUGAGAAAUGCCGAAUAUCUAGCCUUUUAAAGCGUCAAACUUUCUGGAAACUUCUGGACUGGCUUGGAAAGAAGUGGAUAUUAUUACUUUUAAACAUAACAAAUUUCAAUAUGGAUUAUGAAGGGUAUAAUUACAAAGCUUGGCCAAGAUUCACAUAGAAGCAUAUAAAUUAAAAUAUGUAUUUAAAUUUUAAAACACAAUUGUUCUUUAAUCUUCUUAUAAGGUAUUUUUACAAAUAAAUGUUUAUUAUUCUCAAUGCAAGUUGUCUAGGCAUUUUAAAAAGAAAAUCACAAUUUCAACAAAACAACCAUGUUUUUAAAGUAACUUUUAAUUCCAACUACAUCAGUUUACCUUUUUUUCAUUGUAAAUCUUAAGUUUUGAUCAAGACAUUCCUUGGCUGUUCCAACUGUAAUAAACUGAUUGUCGGGAUACGCAAGCAAUAGUUAAGGAAUAGUUAAGGAAUAGUUAAGGAAUAGUUAAGGAAUAGUUAAGGAAUAGUUAAGGACUAGUUAAGGACUAGUUAAGGACUAGUUAAGGAAUAGUUAAGGAAUAGUUAAGGAAUAAUUAAGGAAUAGUUAAGGAAUAGUUAAGCAGCUGAAUGCCUUUAAUGUGCGGCCACUACUAAAUGACACCUUGACCUGUACUGUGCUCAACUUUGCAGUUUCUUUAUGAGAUCAUCAUUGGUGCCAUCUUCCCAUAGGCUCCUUAUGUUUUAAUGGGUAUACGUUGUAGUUUACAUCAAUGUGGUCAAUCUUUCAGGAGGAGGAAUCUAUUAAAAGACGCCAAAGUGCUGCAAAAGAUGUCAUCACUGGAUAUGUUCCUCCACUUUAUGAUCAACUCAUGUCCAGGUACAUGUCAUAUCUGUGUUCAUGUCCAGAUAUUUGUCAUGUCUGUUUUCAUGUCCAGUAUGUGUUAUUUUCACUCCUCUUUAAAAUUGUUUAAUGACCCCAAGUACAAACAACAUUGUUAUGAGCAUCUAUUGGUACAGUGCCUUCCCAUCAGCACCAAAGUACAGAGUCAACUUACAUGGUGCCUUCCCAUCAGCACCAAAGUACAGAGUCAACUUACAUGGUGCCUUCCCAUCAGCACCAAAGUACAGAGUCAACUUACAUGGUGCCUUCCCAUCAGCACCAACAAGGGAGACAAACAUUAUUUAUUUUAAAGGAAUGUAACAUUGUAAUGCCCCUCCAUAUAUCUUUUGAGCUAAUCAUUAAUUUCUUAUCAUCCCUACACAACUCAGGUACCCCAGAACAGCCCCACAGGCCACAGAUAAACAAGAUGGUUUAGGACAACCGGUCCAAUCAAGAGCCUUCUCUGCUCCCACCUAUCAAAACCAAGAAGGAAAAGAUUUGUCUGAGCAAGGCCCACCCAUGUCGCCUGACUCAUCUGUUGAUGAUGAGAGCAGUUCCAACUUGUCUGACCUCGACUCGGCCACAGAACUGCACCACGGCCAAAAUGAAGAUGCAGACUUAAAUUACUCACGUUUCCUUCCAACGGAAACACUCAAUCCUAUCUUUUUGAUGGAAGAUCUCUCCCCACGUCCACCUUCCGCCGGUCGAUCUGAAUUUAAGACACAUGUGCAAAGGCCAGGUUCUGAAAGACAUUCUGUGCUGCCCCCGAUACAGCCCACUGCAGCAUGAUCUCACUUUACUAAUGCAACGAUGUGCACUAUGCUUUUGAAUAAAAAUGAUAAAACAUUGGUUUAAUGAAAAAAUCUGGUCAGAACUGCAUCAUAUCUAUUGAGACAGCUUAGUCUUUAAAACAAAUAUGCAAGCCAACACUAAUUAAAUUAGAUUCAUGACAACAUACUUGCAAGGGGGGGAAAUAUUCCUCACAAUAAUAAAUUCCAAAGUUUGAGAAGACCACAACUUCUAACUUUUAAAUUUUUAAAUUUUUAUACAGAAAAUAUUGGCAGCCAACUUAGCGUAAUAGGAUAACUUAUAAAAAAUCUAUAGAAAUAUAUUUAAAAUGAUACGUUUAGAGUGGUUUUAUGUCAUGCAUGUGAACAUAUAGGUAUUAAAAAUUGUUGAUCAAAAGAAUUAUUAUAUCUUUUACUAUUGUUUACUAGGCCCGCCUUAACCCCCCCUCCCCCCGAAACAGUGGUCAUCUUGACUUUGAGAUAGCGGCAGUACUUCUGUAUUUUAAAAGGAAACAGUGUUAAUCAAAGAUGAGUUAUAAUGCAUUCGAAGGAAGUAUUUUUUCUUUACAAUUAAAUCUGACGUAUGGGGUUCUAUAUAUGUCAAAUAAUUGACACUGUAUGAUAAUAUGUAAAAAAAAAAAGUAAUAUUUGUGUAAACAAUUUGAGAAAUAAAAAUAAUAACUGAACUGAU